ACAAACUGCUCCAUUGCAUGGCCUGAUGUGGAGAGAAGAUGGUGCAUGCGACACUUGGGCGCGAACCUGUACACAAGGUACCGCAGCAAGUCGCUUGUAAAGAGAUUCAAAGGGCUAUGUCUUCAGAACCAGCAGGCGAAGUUCAACGAGAUAUGGAGAGAGUUAAAUGAGACCACUCGCAAGAUGAUGGCAGACCAGCAAGCAGGGGAGGAUCAACUGCGGGCGCAAAUGGUUGGGGGCCAAACUAUCGUUAGUCGUUCACGUGGUACAUUUAGCCAGUGGAUAGCGGGGAAGCCGGCGGAGCGUUGGGCCCUUAUCCAUGACACUCAUGGUGCCAGGUACUCCAUCAUGACAACGAACAUAGCGGAGGCGUUCAACAAUGUCCUGAAGGGAGUACGGGGCCUCCCGUUGUGUACCAUUAUUGAGCUCACAUUCUACAGAACGGCGGACUACUUUCGAGACCGUGGUAAUGCUGCUAUGAAGUGCAGCACACGGUUUUCACCUAAGGUGGAGCAAAUCAUAUCAAGAAGGAGGAGCAAGGCACACUUUCAUCGGUCGAGGAUCUACGACUUGGCCAACAAUGACUUUGAGGUCAUGUGCCGCCGUAGGUAUGCUUCAGGGUAUAGCGCCGGGGACACCGUGCAGCAAUGUCAACUUGGACCUAACGAGGUGAAGUGCACAUGAAAUAAGCCAAAACUGCACCAUAUCCCGUGCUCGCAUGUCUUAGCCGCUUGCAGGGACAUAGGUGGCAAUGACGGAUCACAGUACGUAUCACCGUACUUCACGAUCGAUGCAUUGAGGAGCACAUGGCUUCCAAAGAUGCGGUCCUUUAACAUCGGAACCAACUACAAAUCGAUCGAGGGCCCUAAGUGGGUACCUUAUCCACGAGCACGACGCACAGAUCCUGGAAGGCCUAGAUCUACGAGGCUGCAAGGUGACAUGGAUGAAGCAGAUGCUGUUGAUGGCCUUCGCAGGUGCAAACUUUGCAAACAACCUGGACAUGACAGGAGGACUUGCCCGACCCGUCAGUAAACUAUCAGCCCACUGUC